ACGCCGUAUGCUUGACUUCAAACUUCCAGAGGCGGGUGCUGUCGGACGGGUGGAAAAAAAUCCACUCGAAAACAAGCAAACAAAAAAUAAAUAUAUGUUGAUAUUGUGUAAUAAAGUUUUUGACAUAACCACUGAUGUAUUUUUAAGUGCAUGCUGUUCUCGACUUUUUCGAAUGGUGUUUUCACAUUGGGCAUUUGCAACAGAAUGAGCCUGCUUGAAAUUAGUGAGAAUGUCAAACUUGCUAGAGAAUACGCCUUGCUCGGAAACUACAACUCCGCUGUUGUGUGCUAUCAGGGGGUACUUGAACAGAUAAAGAAAUAUCUUUUCUCAGUUCGAGACCCGGCCUUACAGCAGAAAUGGCAACAGGUUUGGCAGGAAAUCAACGAGGAGACUAAACAUGUCAGAGAAAUCAUGACAACGUUAGAGAGUUUUCAGCUUGAGACCACCCCAUCCAAACCAAGCUGUCAGGAAGGAGACAUUUGGCCUGUGCAGUCAGACCGCAGGUCUUCACCCUGCCCGGUGAGGCGGCCACAGGUCCCCUAUAAAGACGGCAAGCCGCACAACAACCGUCUGAGCGUGGCCGCCAGGGCCCAGCACCGCCAGUCGCCGCGAGGGCCCAACGGCGACCGCGCCAAGCCUGUGAAAGGCAAGGAUAAGCGGGAGGCCCCGAGCAAGCCUAAGGAUGAAAAGAACAAAGCUGAGGUCUCGGAGACCGAGGUGAAGAAAUUUGACGGAACAGGAUACGACAAAGACCUAGUGGAGGCCCUGGAACGAGAUAUUAUAUCGCAGAAUCCCAAUGUCAAAUGGGAUGACAUUGCAGCCUUGGAAGAAGCAAAGAAGUUGUUGAAGGAAGCGGUGGUUCUCCCUAUGUGGAUGCCUGAGUUUUUCAAGGGAAUUCGGCGACCUUGGAAGGGAGUGCUUAUGGUUGGCCCGCCCGGCACAGGGAAGACGCUGUUAGCCAAAGCAGUCGCUACCGAGUGCAGAACCACUUUCUUCAAUGUGUCCUCAUCCACGCUUACCUCAAAGUACAGAGGGGAGUCUGAGAAGCUCGUCCGGCUCCUAUUUGAAAUGGCCAGGUUCUACGCCCCCACCACAAUAUUUAUCGACGAAAUCGACUCCAUGUGCAGCCGAAGGGGAACGUCCGAGGAGCACGAAGCCAGCAGGAGGGUGAAGGCGGAGCUUCUGGUUCAAAUGGACGGUGUUGGCGGGGCAUCAGAGAAUGAAGAUCCUUCCAAGAUGGUGAUGGUUCUGGCAGCCACCAAUUUCCCCUGGGACAUCGAUGAGGCUCUGAGACGCCGCCUAGAGAAGAGGAUUUAUAUCCCUCUGCCCUCCGCCAAGGGCAGGGAGGAGCUACUCCGAAUUAAUCUGAAAGAGCUGGAGCUGGCCAAUGACGUGGACAUGGUAAAGAUUGCUGAGCAGAUGGAGGGGUACUCUGGUGCUGACAUCACUAAUGUUUGCAGGGAUGCCUCGCUCAUGGCCAUGCGACGGCUCAUCGAGGGCCUGACGCCGGAGGAGAUCCGCAACAUUUCCAGGGACGAGAUGCACAUGCCCACCACCAUGGAGGACUUCGAGUCGGCGCUGAGGAAGGUGUCCAAGUCGGUGUCGGCGGCCGACCUGGAGAAAUACGAGAAGUGGAUCGCCGAGUUCGGCUCCUGCUGAGGCGUGGAGCGAACCCUCUGCCGCGCUCUCAAAAAAAUGCCUUCGCUUGGCUCUGAGGACAAGGACCAAGUUUCAUUUUGGGGAGGGGGGGUCCUGUAACUUCCGUGGUAAAAUGCAGACAUUCUGGGAGCCUUUUUUCCCCCCUUGGUUUUGUUAGAAUUUUUUUCUUCCGUUUGGUUGUACAAUAAGCUUCAGAUCGAGGGUGGCAACCAUGAGCACUUUUGAGAAACACUAUGGCUUUGACUUGCCAUUUGACUAUGUAGCCUAGAGGCCAUGACACAAGGCAUAAAUGUAGUACGAGGACAUUCAGAUUGUUUGGUGUCGAUACUGUCAUUUAUCCUCCAUUAUUUAGACUGAAGCAAAAAAAAAAACCCUCAUUCACAAGAAAUAAUUGUUUGUAUUUAUAUGGCUUUUAACCCCUGCCUCAAUUUUUCCUUGUACCAAAGUAUCCACUUUGUUUGUGUAACUGGGUUUUAGCCAUUGUGCCAGUGAUGUCUCUCAGUUGAAGAGUUGCAAUAGAUUUGAAGUUUUUUUAUGCACUUGAUUUUAUAGGGGGACCGUCUGGUUCUUCCACAAAUCACUACUUGGACCCAAAAUAUGGGAAUGUGAGGUGAAAAAUUUCAAUUUAAUAAAGCUAUUUAAAAGUGAAA